GUACUGACCUGGUAAGGCUCUGACUACAAUCUUGACUUUCACUAUACCGCGAUUAGGAAAGUACAACAGAGUUUAGGCUAAAUUGAUACGGAAUUGCUAGAGUCAAGCUAGUGGGAUACAAAAGAGACAAGAGGCCUCUUGAGCAGAAAGAGGCACAAUCAGUAGACUUCAGAUAUUCUCUUGCAUCCCCGCUCUCUUCCUACGGCCAUCCCGAUCAAGGUUGUGAGUAGUAAGGAUGCGCAUUCAUCUUGAGAAAUAUAAUCCAGGCCGGAAAGAAGAGUUCAAAGUGAUCAAAGGCGAAUUAAGUGAAGCAUUACACGAUACACCUAUUCUAUCGAUUGAACAUGUUGGAAGUACGUCAAUCGAAGGAUUGUAUGCAAAGCCAGUGAUCGAUAUCGAUAUCAUUGUGGAAAAAGAGAAUGUCCAAAAAGCCAUCAAUGCUUUAGUUGCAGUAGGGUAUACGGAUUUAGGCGAGAUGGGAAUUCAUGGUAGAGUUGCGUUACGACAGCCCGGAUACGGUAAAGAAGAUCAUGCGACGGGAGAAGCGUCCAAGAUAGUCACAGGUACGCCUUUGAACAUGCGUAGAAACACAUAUGUGAUCGAAAAAGAUUGUUUAGCGUUGAAGAAUCAUAUAGACACCAAAAGAAUAUUAGAGCAAGAUGAAAGUUUACGACAAGAAUAUAUCAACGUCAAACAAACCUUGGCAUCUAAGCAGGUCGCCGAUAUUGCAGAAUAUGCAAAUGGAAAGAAUGCCGUAUUGGAAAAAGUUCUUAGAAGGGCAGGAUGGACGACAGAAGAUUUGUAUGAGAUGCGAAAUGGAAUAAGGCCAUCUUCAUCAUCACUGGAAGAUGAUGUAGAAAAGAAGAAUUGAUUGUAUGCCGCAUAGUGACAGACUUAGUCGAUGUCCGAUGGUGAUAUGAGUGUCAUAAUUCAACAUGAAUGCUAUGAAUUGAUC